AGGGCGAAUUCUCAAAAAAAUUGGUGUUUUUAAAGCGGUCGUGACUCGCCAGUGAUCUCUAGUCUCUCCAGACCCUUCCAAACUCUUUCCCCAACUUUAAUCAGUUAAGUACGUACUUAAAAAAGGAAAAAAUAAAAGUAAUAGCAAUUCUAGAGUCUUCCAGUCAAGGAACCCUCCAGACGCCGCACCCCCGACCCCUCCUCCUGGUCCAAAGUUCCAAGCUUUUAGUUCCGUUCUCCCACUUUUCCUCGCCUCCCCAAUCCUAUCUCUGUCUUUGUGUAAGAACACGCACACGCACGCUCUCUCUCUUUCUCUCUCCCGUACGAACCCUCUCGGAGGCUAGCUUUGUACUUUUCUUCGUGUUCUCUUACAUUGAUUCAAUUGGGCAAUGGCUAAAUACGGAGAGGGCGACAAGCGUUGGAUCGUGGAGGACAGACCCGACGGCGCCAACGUCCACAACUGGCACUGGGCCGAGACCGACUGCCUCGUUUGGUCCCGUAACCUCUUCUCCAAGCUCCUUUCUGAUCUCACCGUCCUCGACGGCGAAGGCGAACUUUUCAUCAAGACCAAGAAGGUUGACAAGGUCGAGGGCGAGGCCUACGUCAACAUCCGCAAGGGUAAGAUUAUACCCGGCUACGAGAUCAGCCUCACGCUCUCCUGGGAGGGCGAGGCCAAGGACUCCGACGGUAAAUCCUUGCUUAAAGCCGAAGGUCUCGUCGAGAUCCCCUACAUUUCCGACGAGAACGCCGACGAGGACCCCGAAUUGAAAGUCUCCGUGAAGGACGAGGGCCCUAUUGGUCGGAGACUCAAGGAUGCCAUGCUGUCGAAAGGAAAACCCUUGAUUCUCGAGAAGGUCAGGGUCUACGUGCAGAGCAUGGCUAAAGGUGGUCCUGCCAAGGACGAAUUGGAGGUCAAGAAGGUAGCGCCUAAGGCUCAGUCGGCCACUUCUUCGGCGGCGGCGGCGGCGGCUGCACCUGCAACAAAGCCGAAGGAGUCGGUGGUGGAGAAGAAGGAGGCGAAGAAGGGGUUCAAGACGAUAACUUUGACGGAGAAGUUUAGUUGUAGGGCGAGGGAUAUGUUUGAGAUACUGAUGGACGAUAAUAGGUGGAAGGGUUUUACGCAGAGCAAUGCGAGGAUUAGCAAAGAGGUGGGUGGGGAGUUCACCAUAUUUGAUGGGUCGGUGACUGGGACCAAUGUGGAAUUGCAGGAAGCGAAAUUAAUUGUGCAGAAGUGGAGGUUCGGGAACUGGCCUGAUGGUAUUCAUUCGACGGUGAAACUUUCUCUUGAUGAGCCGCAACCCGGUGUUACAGUUGUCAAGCUGACGCAUGCUGACAUUCCUGAGGAAGACAGAUAUGGGAAUGCGACUGUGGUGGAGAACACCGAGAGGGGAUGGCGGGAUCUUAUUUUCAACAAGAUACGGGCUGUUUUUGGUUUCGGUAUUUGAGAUUUUUGAGAUAAGAUCCAUCUCAAGAGUAGAAUUUUCAAUCAAUCUCUCUUUCUUCGGUAUCGAGUGUCACUGAAAAUCUGUGGAUUAUAUAGACAUUGUUUCAAGUCGUGGAAUCUCUUGAUUGGGCGGUUUGAGUCUUUUAAUAACUGCCCUUUGAUCUGAACUAUCAUCCGUUCCAUGUUUCCAAUUUAAAAAAUGUCCUUAAACUUAGAAAUUUGUGUCUUAUUAAGAUAAUGCUUUUGUCAACAUUGGAUAUCUUUCAUGCUACUUCAUCUUAUACUGCAUUCAAGAUAUUGGAACUCAUCAGUGACCUUCUGCCUCAUUUGGGGAGAGAAAACCAUUGGUGAAAGUUAUGUA